GGGUCGGGCGGGAAGUCCUUCGGUCCCUACGCGCGUCAGGUGGCGCGGCUUACCGGGAUACCCGGCGGGGUUGGGCGGGGCAGGAGUCAUAGGUCACUAUAGGGGUCAGAAGGACCCUUGGUCCGAUCCAGGGCGCUGGUGGGCCUGAGGAGGUCGGAGGUCAGAGUUCGGCAGGGCUCCGGGAGGUCCGGGGCCGGUGGUCAAUGUGCUACGCAUGGGCUUCCCCUGCCUACGGGCCGCGCUGCUGAGAACCUGGGGACGGUGGACGGCGCGCCCUGGCCCGCCAGCUUCCUGCUUUUCCUCCAUGGCUGGGAAUGAUGCAUCACCAGCGCUGACCUCACAUCAGGACAGAAAAGUCCGUGGUGCCUGGGUCUGGGAAGAGACGCAGCAUCCCCCCAAGAGGCUCAGGGGCGGUGAGGAUGAGGAAUCCCCACGCAAGCUGCCCAAGCGCAAAAUUGUGCUGCUCAUGGCCUACUCCGGCAAGGGCUACCAUGGCAUGCAGAGGAAUGUGGGGUCCUCGCAGUUUAGGACAAUUGAAGAUGACUUAGUGUCCGCCCUCAUCCAGGCAGGCUGUAUCCCUGAAAACCAUGGCACAGACAUGAGGAAGAUGUCCUUCCAGCGAUGCGCCCGGACAGAUAAGGGUGUGUCUGCAGCUGGCCAGGUAGUAUCCCUAAAGGUGUGGCUGAUUGAUGACAUACUGAACAAGAUCAACAGCCACCUUCCAUCCCAUAUUCGGAUUCUGGGACUGAAGAGGGUCACAGGUGGGUUCAACUCUAAGAACAAGUGCGAUGCCAGAACCUACUGCUACAUGUUGCCCACCUUUGCUUUUGCCCACAAAGACAAAGAUGUGCAGGAUGAGCGCUACCGUCUGAGCACGGAUACCCUUCAACAAGUCAACCGGCUCUUGUCCUGCUACAAGGGCACCCAUAACUUCCACAACUUUACUUCGCAGAAGGGGCCACGGGAGCCCAGUGCACGGCGCUACAUCCUGGAAAUGUACUGCGAGGAGCCCUUCGAACGUGAGGGUCUGGAGUUUGCUGUGAUCAAGGUGAAGGGCCAGAGUUUUAUGAUGCACCAGAUCAGGAAGAUGGUUGGCCUGGUGGUAGCCAUUGUAAAGGGGUACGCCCCUGAAAGUGUGCUGGAGCGCAGCUGGGGUGAAGAGAAGGUGGAUAUACCAAAGGCUCCAGGGCUUGGUCUUGUCUUGGAGAGGGUGCACUUUGAGAAGUACAACCAGCGCUUUGGCAAUGAUGGUCUACAUGAGCCCUUGGACUGGGCACAGGAGGAGGGGAAAGUAGCCGCUUUCAAGGAGCAGCACAUCUACCCCACCAUUGUUAGCACUGAGCGGGAUGAACGGUCCAUGGCCCAGUGGCUGAGCACCUUGCCUAUCCAUGACUUCAGCGCCACUGUGCUAAUGGCAUCCAGCCCAAGUGCCAAGGUCCCUAGUUCCCUGGAAGGCAGUGAAGGGGAUGGAGACACCGACUGAGGCCACAGGAGCUGCCACUGCUGUGACGCUGCAGUCUUAGUACCUACCUGUCACUCAGGACAUGGGAGCCAAGAAUUCUGGGGCCUACCUGUGGGUUUGGCUUGGCUUCACAAUCUCAGGAUCUUGAAUUUUCAUCCCAGGAAUGACCUGCAUCUAAUAAUCUAUUUUCAGCCCAUGCAUUGUGUGUGCACACUUGCAUGAAAGGACACUUUUUAAAAAGUGAUUUUCAUAUUAAAUAAAUGUAACUUUUGCUUAGAAAA